UGCCAUCGGGUUUUUAGCACAGUCGCCAUAUUGCUCGUGACGAGAUAUUUUAUGUGACGUUCUUGCGUGGUUAAUAGGUGGAAAAUUAGUUGAGAAAUUGCAAAAAGGACUAAAAUGAGUGCGCAAGUGGUUCUAUUUGCCUGUUCCAAGUGCUUCACACGCCACGAGUUCCAUGAAUUGUCUCCAGGGCAGCAACUCUGCAAGGAAUGUCGUGGAGCAUAUCCCAUCGUGAAGUGCACAUAUUGCAGAUCUGAAUUUCAACAGAGCAGCAAGGGCAGCACCUCGACGAUUUGCAAGAAGUGCGAGCAGAAUGUGAAGCAGUACGGAAAGCCGUCAGCAUGUGAAUAUUGCAACAUAAUUGCCGCCUUUAUCGGGUCAAAAUGCCAAAGGUGUACAAACUCCGAGUUAAAAUACGGACCUGCCGUGACGUGUGAACAGUGUAAACAGCGAUGUGCCUUCGAUAGGCAAGACGAUAAUAAGAAGAUCGAUGGCAAAUUGCUGUGCUGGUUGUGCACGCUGUCAUACAAGAGGGCCUUGGCGAAGGCGCGUCAGGUGGAAACGGAGCGCCGGAUGUCGAAGAAGCGCAGCCACAACAGCGACAAGACGGCGCAGCAGCAGAUCAAGGAGAACAACGCCAAGAAGGUGGCCAGGAAUGAGCUGAACAAGGGCUCUGGUGGCGUGCCGGAGAUGGCUGAGAAGAUGGCCAGGGUGGCCAAUAGUGGCACCAUCGAUCCCAACAGCUCGGACCACGUUGUGGCGAUGACGCAGCUGAAGGAGACCAUCGCCAGUCUGCAGAAGAAGCUGAGUCUGAAGGACAAGGAUCUGCUGCAGAAGGACAAGAUGAUCACCGAAUUGAAGGCGAAGAAUUUUACAUCUGAGAAUGAGCUGAGGAGCAAGCUGAAGGAGACAGAGAGGAUGUAUGAGUCGAAGAUUGACUCGCUGAACCAGAAGGUGACCAGCCUGAUGAAGGAAGUGGCGGCGCUCAAGAAGACGUCCAAAAAGCAGGGCGGAGGCGCCAGGAAUGACACUAAUGUGGCCAAGGACAGCGGCGGCUCUGGAACGGACAGUCCCAGCACAAAUUGCAAUCACUCAAGGGUGAAGCGUGGCUCCGAUGGCUCUCUCUUGGCCGGCAAGCGUGCGGCUGUGUUGCGAAUGACGGCCUGCAGUGAGGCCACGGUCUUCUCCAGGGCUUCACUGGCGUGUGCACAUGAUGUGGUGUGUCCCAGGAAGAGGGCAGUGAAGAGAUCCCCAGUGCCAGUGAAGUUGACGUUGCCAAUCUUGGGCAUCAUGAGCGAAGAGCGCUUGGGUGUGGAGCUUCCCGCUGGCAAUUCGCUGAGGAAGGCCAGAAGAUUGUCCGGGGCGCCAAUGGUGGUGGAAGAGAUCACCGCAAUCUUGACUCCACGAGAGUGGAACCAAUCUAACACCGCCCAGGCAUCUUCUUCGGUCGCAAUCGGUCACAGACUGCGGGGAAAGCACACAAUUGCUGGUCAAGGAGAGAUCAAGAGCCAGUUUCAAUUGAGACUUACAGAAGAUCAGCUUCGGAUUGGCCUUCUUGAGGGUCUUCACGACGUCUACGAUCUUCCUGAGGAACUCAGGGGUUCCGAUGUAGCCUGUCAGCAAGUGGGAAUACAUCUUGUGCAGAUCAUUAUUCACGAUGCCCUCGAAGACAUCCUGCAAUUCAGCAUCAUUCAUUCGCUGACCCCGGACGUGCUGAUAGCCCGUGUGAUUGCUGAGAUAAAAGUAUUGCAGGUGAACGCAGACAGGAUGACGGACGAUGUGAGACGUAGAAAGGGGGCGGGAGACUCGCCACAGCCGCAGAAUCCGCAAGCAACGGCUGACUCCUCGGACCAUAUUGACUCGGAGGAGGAGAAGCUUCCGGAGGAGAAGUACGUGGAGGAGAUGGCGAAGAAUCUGCAGCAGGGAACGGAUAAGGUGCCACACUUGCUAGAGACGGCCGUCUCGGGACUUCCGGCGCGAUGGAGAAAUUGGGUCAUUCGUGGUGUCUUCACGAUGAUCAUGAUCUCGGGCUUCGGCAUGAUCAUCUACGGAGGUCCUCUGGCCCUAAUGGUCACGACGCUGCUCGUGCAGGUGAAAUGCUUCGAGGAGAUCAUCUCGAUUGGCUACUCAGUGUAUCGAAUCCAUGGAUUGCCAUGGUUCCGCUCCUUGUCAUGGUACUUCCUGCUCACGUCCAACUACUUCUUCUAUGGCGAGAAUCUCGUGGAUUACUUCGGCGUGGCGAUCAACAAGUUGGACUAUCUGCGCUUCCUGGUCAAGUAUCAUCGCUUCCUGUCCUUCUCCAUGUACUGUGUCGGCUUCGUGUGGUUCGUGCUGUCGCUGGUGAAGAAAUACUACAUGAAGCAGUUCUCACUGUUCGCCUGGACACACGUGGCGCUGCUGAUUGUGGUGACGCAGAGCUACUUGAUCAUUCAGAACAUCUUCGAGGGCAUGAUUUGGUUCAUUGUGCCGGUGUCGAUGAUUGUCUGUAACGACGUGAUGGCUUACAUGUUUGGCUUCUUCUUCGGCAAGACGCCUCUGAUCAAGCUGAGUCCCAAGAAGACUUGGGAGGGCUUCAUCGGCGGUGGAUUCGCCACAGUGAUCUUCGGUCUGAUGUUUUCCUGGUUCCUCUGCCACUACCAGUACUUUGUCUGUCCCAUUGAGUACAAGGAGAAGCUCAACAAGAUGGCCAUUGAGUGUGAGCCGGGGUACUUGUUCCGGCCCCAGGAGUAUGAUAUUCUAGGCCACAGCAUCACCAUGUACCCAUUCAUGCUGCACUCGCUCUCGCUGAGCAUCUUCAGCUCGGUCAUUGGACCCUUCGGGGGCUUCUUUGCAUCUGGCUUCAAGCGCGCCUUCAAGAUCAAGGACUUCGGGGACAUGAUUCCCGGCCACGGCGGCAUCAUGGAUCGCUUCGAUUGCCAAUUCCUCAUGGCAACGUUCGUCAAUGUGUACAUCUCGAGCUUCAUCAGGACGGCGUCGCCGGGGAAGCUGCUGGCCCAGGUGUACACGCUGAAGCCGGAGCAACAGCUGCAGCUCUUCAACUCGCUCAAGGAUCAUCUGGAGGCGAGAAACAUCCUCGAUCUCAACUAAGGCGCGCCCGCAGGGCUGAACAUAGUUAAGGUUGUUGUUAAUGUCUCCCCAGUCUUACUCUCUGUCUCGAACGAUUCACCCCGGGGGAUUUGUGGAGGUGGUGAAGAUAUGUGACAUCUAGGAGAAAGUUGUGAAGGAUUCUAGACUUGAGUCGACAAAUCUUUCACAGUUGAACCUAAAAAAACACAAUUCAUAUGGUGAAGAAAUCCUCGUAGAAAGUAAGAAAAUUAUAGUGUGGAAAAUAGAAACCUUUUUCGUAGAUUUACUAGGCAGAAACUGACCAAGAAUUCUCAUUAGGAGCCCAUGUUUAUUUGCAACUUUGCAAGCGCUCUUCCAGGCUUACCAGGAGGGCUUUUAAAAAUAUACUGAGUUCUAGUCGAAUAGUAGGGAAUAUAAAUGAUGAUAUGUGAGAAUUUAGAACAGAUGUUGAUUGUUCAUUGAACCUCGAAACGAGAGACUCUUGUUGA